AUGAAGCCGGCGAAGACCUCGAAGGGGGAGCUGCAACUUGAGUCCUACUCGGACGCCGACUUCGCCGCUGAAAAGUCGGACAGGAAGUCCUUGACCGGUGGGAUAGUUUACCUGAACGGGAUGCCGGUGAGCUGGACGGCGAAAAAAAAGGGUGGAGUGUCGCUUUCCACCAUAAAGGCGGAGUUCGUCGCUGCGUCGGAGCAAGUGCGCGAGCUGCUUGGCAUCAGAAAGAUGCUGUGCGAAAUGAAGAAGCUCUCUAUGCUACCGAUGGCACUGCACGUCGACAAUCAAGCGGCGUUAAAGCAGUUGUCGGGCGAGGCGUCUUUUCUAAAGGCGAAGCACAUUAAUGUGCGCCUGAAGUUUGUCUUCGACUACGCCCGGCGUGGGGUGGUCGCGGCCCAGUAUGUGCACUCGGAGCUGCAACUGGCGGACCUGCUGAAGAAGGCCCUCUACGCCGCAUAA